AUGCUGGUUGCAGCCAUAGAUUUCGGUACGACGUACUCAAGUUGGGCGUACUCUUUGCUUCAUGACUACAAAAAUGAUCCAAGACAGAUAUCAGCAAAACAGUGGCAGGGACAUGAUUCGACGAAGGGACCAACAACGGUUUUGAUAAAACCCGAUGGGAAAACCCUUGAGGCAUUUGGCUUUGAGGCGGAGACAAGAUAUACAGAACUGAUAGACGAAGACGAGCAUGAAUCGUACUACUUCUUCAAAAGAUUUAAAAUGAAGUUAUGGAACCAGGCAAGUACAAGUCCAGAAUGGCUCAAGGACGACCUUUUACGAGUUUCAAACGACAGAAUUUCUAGCACAAUACGAGAGAAUGAGAUACACUGGGUGUUGACUGUGCCAGCAAUCUGGGAUAAUGCUGCCAAACAGUUUAUGAGAGAAGCCGCUAAACAGUCCCUGUGCUCCUUGAUAGAGAAACGACAGGGACGAGCCUUGUGUGACCUCAUCAAGAACAUGUCUUAUGCCGAUUUGAACAUUCUAAGCUUGCCAGUAAACAGGGGUGUAGAAGCUAUUUUGAUGGUAGGUGGAUUUUCAGAGUCACCUAUGCUUCAACACGCCGUUAGCACGGAGUUCGGAGCUGUGAAAAGAAUCGUACCACAAGAAGCAAGCCUGGCAGUGUUGAAAGGAGCUGUGAUAUUUGGACAUUACCCGAGCGCUAUUAAAGAACGUAUUAGCAAACUGACAUAUGGUGUUGAAACGUCCAAAUUAUUUGAUGAAAUCAAACAUGAUGCGACCAAGAAGAAAUAUUAUGAAGGAAAAGCCCGAUGCCGCAAUGUGUUUGAAAAACAUGUAGAAAUCGGACAGAAACUUACUGUUGGCAAAGCACAAUCUAACAUGAUAUAUUAUCCCCUAUAUGCUCACCAAACUUGCAUCCGCCUUUCAAUUUUCACAACGUACGAUAAGAAUCCCAUGUAUACGACAGACCCGGGGUGUAUUCAGUUUGGGGACCUUGAAAUACCAAUAUGUGGCAGCGGAACAAACAGAUGGGUAAAGGUACGAUUCAUUUUUGGAGGGACGGAAAUCGAUGUCGAGGCAACAGAGAAAGCAACAGGAAAGGUUCACCACUUGAAGAUAGACUUUCUGACAUAA